AUGGAAAUAACAAUAGUGAUGGGAAGAAUGAUGAAAUCAAGGGUUGGGUCUUGGAUCAAGUCGACUUGUCGUUCUGAAAAUUUUAAUAACCAACACUGCCGUGCUUUUUCUUCCAAGAUAACAACUUCGGAGCAAACUGUUUCAUCAUCAAAAUCACCUGCAACAUCAUUGGACAGUGAAAAGGAGUAUUCAAAGAUCGGAAAUUCUAAUGACAACAACAAGGGAGGAGCUCGUUCCGUAAACAUCAUUGAAAAAUUAUUAACAUCCCAAAAUCAACAAGAACUUAACAAUAAUUUAUUAACGAUAUGUAAUCAAAGUGAUAUUACAGAAGAAAGAUUGACUGCUGUACUAUAUCAGAAUAAUAUUAUUCAAAAAUUUGGGCCAUCCUCUCUGUUGAUUUUAAUGCAAUUUUAUGCGAAAAAAGGAAAUGCUCCGAAAGUGAAAGAAUUGUUUCAACUCAUUGCAAAUCCUGAUGAUGACAUGAAAAAGUCAUUGGUUCAUUUAUUGGCAUUGGCAGGAAGCUCUUUGAAAUCCAAAUCUACCACUCAAGGCUCUCUUAAUCCGAAAACAGCAACCAAUCUCAUGAAAUCAAUUCCCUCUAAUUUACAAAUUGCACACAAGAGAAGCAUUUCAGAGCUUAAAGAAGUAGAGGACGCUCUAAAAAAGAAGAAGGAUUGUGUGUCAUAUACUCACAGUGUUGUGAUUGAUGCUAUGGCUCUCAGAGGAAGCAUGACUCAAGCAGAAAAGUAUUUUCAAGAUAUUCAACAUGUUAACACUGAGGUUCUUAAUUCCAUGAUGGAUGGCUGGAUUCGAAUGCUGAAAACAUCAGAUACGCAAGAUGGUGCUCAGCUACGCCUGGUCAAGGAAAGAGUACAAUAUUAUUUCAACUUGUUCGAUAUCUACAAAGUUAAUAGAGACUCCAGGACAUAUGUAUAUUUAUUGAAAUGUCAGUUUUUGGAGCUUCAAGUUGAAGGCAAAGCCGAAACGAUGAACUCGAUCCAUGAAAGUAUUGAAAGAAUGGUUAAAACGGACCGUAUCGUUCCAGAUUCAUAUUUCAUUUCUACAUUUAUUGCAAGGUUGUCUACCAUUCCUGCAAAAGCAAAGAUCAAGAAAUUGUAUUACAUUUACAAAAAUUUUCUAGGCAAAGCUACACAAAGUGACACCUCUAAAUUGUCACUGUUACAAAUUUUAGCUGGUGCAAAGUGUAUUCCAGAAGCCUUAUCUCUAUUUGAACAAGUCAAAAACAAUUCUUCCUCUCCACAAAGAACCCAAUACUACGAUACAAUGAUCACCAUGUUUAUAGAGAGUAGUGAUUUUGAACCUGCCUUUGUUCUCUUUGAAGAAAUGGUGCGAAAGAAAAUACCACGAUCAGAAAAUACCUACCUCUCAUUAAUUUCACAUUUCAGCAAGCUCUCUGACCAUAAAACAGUAACCAAAUUUUACGAUGCAAUGGUCAAGGAGGGUAUAAAACCCAACGAAGAAAUUUUGGGUCAUGUCAUUACAAGUCUCAUGUACACCAAAAGUAAGGAAGAGGCUCUCAAGAUUGUCCAACUCGCAGAGCAAGAGAACAAAAUUACAUCCAGUAAUUGUACUUCAUUCAUUAGAGCAUACGGAUAUCUUGGUGCACUCGAGAGAGCAGAGAGCGUAUUUAAAAUGUUCAAAGAUACCAAACAAUUGAGAGUCUACAAUGAAAUGCUUUAUACCUAUGUUUGGCUAUUGUGUGUGGAAGAUGCCAUCACUCUCUAUUUAAACUUUCCAAUGAAGGGAGACAUUUUUACCUAUGAAACCUUAAUAGAGGCAUUGGGUAUGGUUCGCGAAUAUGAUGCCAUUCUGGACACACACCAAAUCAUGCUUCAGCUUAACAUUAUUCCAUCAUACAAGUAUUACGAUCAAUUGAUAUCCAUAUUAACCAAAGAGACUCCGAGUGAAAGCGUCAAGCAAUUUCUUGGCACACUUCCCACUGAAAUGUCACGUUUCAAAAUUGAAAAUGUCGAACAACUCAUAUUGAAAAUUCUCUUCUAA